AUGAAGCAAGGCUGGGAUCCUUUUCAAAAUGGUAGUACCAGGAAAGGAAUCAUCAGUGAAGUGAGUAGAAGAAGAUCCCAGUCCAGGGGUUUUCAGUGUGGAGUGGAAGAUCAGCGACUUGUUGCUCGAACAAUAUUCAUUGGUCAGCAGCACAUUCCAGAACCAGAAUCAUAUGUCCCAGAAAAAUUUUGUAAUAACCGGAUUGUCUCCUCCAAGUACACAAUUUGGAACUUUCUCCCAAAGAAUCUUUUUGAACAGUUUCGAAGAAUUGCAAAUUUUUAUUUCCUGAUCAUUUUCCUAGUCCAGGUCACGGUAGAUACACCAACCAGCCCAAUCACCAGUGGACUCCCGCUUUUCUUCGUGAUAACUGUCACUGCCAUAAAACAGGGAUAUGAAGACUGGCUUAGACACCGAGCUGACAAAGAAGUAAAUGAAAGCAUUGUCUAUGUUAUUGAAAAGGGAAGACGAAUUAAGAAAGAGAGUGAAGCCAUCGAGGUUGGCGAUAUUGUUGAGGUGCAAGCAGAUGAAACGUUUCCUUGUGAUCUUAUUCUCCUGUCAUCAAGCAAUGAGGAUGGGACCUGCUAUGUUACCACAGCUAGUCUUGAUGGGGAAUCCAAUUGCAAGACGCAAUAUUCUGUCCGUGAUACCAGUUCACUUAACACAGUUCAUUCCUACGGUAAAAUCUCUGCCACCAUUGAGUGUGAACAGCCUCAACCUGACCUAUACAAGUUUAUUGGAAGGAUCAAUAUCUAUCGAAAAAAUGUAGAUCCUGUUGUCAGGUCUUUGGGACCUGAAAAUCUAUUGCUGAAAGGAGCUACUCUAAAAAAUACCAAGAAGAUUUAUGGAGUUGCUGUUUACACAGGAAUGGAAACCAAAAUGGCUUUGAAUUACCAGGGGAAAUCUCAGAAGCGUUCUGCUGUGGAAAAAUCUAUCAAUGGUUUCCUGAUCGUGUACUUGUGCCUUCUCCUGUCCAAAGCUGCUAUUUGUACCACACUGAAGUAUGUGUGGCAGAGUGUCGCUCACAAUGAUGAACCUUGGUAUAAUGAAAAAACCAAGCAUGAUCGAGAAACUAUCAAGGUUCUGAAAGUAUUUACAGACUUCUUGUCAUUUAUGGUCUUGUUCAACUUCAUCAUCCCAGUUUCCAUGUAUGUUACGGUGGAAAUGCAGAAAUUCCUGGGCUCCUUUUUCAUUGCUUGGGAUAAAGACUUUUAUGAUGAAGAAAUAAAAGAAGGUGCCCUGGUCAAUACAUCGGACCUCAAUGAAGAGCUUGGCCAGGUGGAAUAUGUAUUUACUGACAAAACUGGGACACUUACUGAAAAUACAAUGGAAUUCAUUGAAUGUUGCAUAGAUGGGCACCGGUAUAAGCCUGAAACGGUAGAGACGGAGGUGUUCUCUGAAACUGAUGGAAUUGAGUCAGAUUCUUCAAGAGCAGAAAAGAGUCGGGAGCAGCUCUUUCUUCGUGCCCUGUGCCUUUGCCAUACUGUGGAAACACAGAUGAAAGAUGAUAUUGAUGGAAUCUUCGAAGAUACUGAGUUAACGUAUAUCUCCUCAUCCCCUGAUGAAAUUGCUUUGGUAAAGGGGGCUAAAAAGUAUGGGUACACCUAUUUGGGAAUUAAGGAUUACCGCAUGAAAUUGGAAAACCAACAGAAUGAAAUUGAAGAGUAUGAACUUCUCCAUACUUUGCCCUUUGAUUCUGCUCGGAGACGUAUGAGUGUGAUUGUGAGAAAUGCCAGAGGUGACAUAUUUCUCUUCUGUAAGGGAGCAGACUCGACUAUCUUUCCCAGAGUGCAAAGAGGACAGAUAGAACUGACUAAGGUUCAUGUGGAACGCAAUGCGUUGGAUGGAUAUCGAACACUGUGUGUGGCCUACAAAGAAUAUACUCGUGAGGAAUAUCGUAUAAUUAACCAGAAGAUUCUUGAAGCCAAGAUGGCUUUACAAGAUAGAGAAGAAAAGUUGGAAAAGGCUUUUGAUGAAAUCGAGAAUGACAUGAAUUUAAUUGGAGCCACUGCAGUAGAAGACAGGCUUCAGGAUCAAGCUGCCGAGACUAUUGAAGCCCUGCACAAGGCAGGUAUGAAAGUCUGGGUGCUCACUGGGGAUAAGAUGGAGACUGCCAAGUCUACCUGCUAUGCCUGCCGCCUCUUCCAGACCAACACGGAACUCUUGGAGUUGACCAGUCGGACCAUUGGAAACAGUGAGAGAAAGGAAGAUCGUCUGCACGAGUUGCUGGUUGACUAUCAUAAGAAGCUGUUAUUUGAAUUCCCAAAACGUAGAAGCAUCAAAAAAGGGUGGGGAGAGCAUCAAGAAUAUGGAUUGAUUAUCGAUGGUUCGACUUUGUCACUUAUAUUAAAUGCUACCCAAGACUCUCUGUUGACUAAUUACAAAGCUAUCUUUUUGCAAAUUUGUAUCCAUUGCACUGCUGUUCUCUGCUGCCGGAUGGCCCCUCUACAGAAAGCACAGAUUGUCAAAAUGGUGAAGAACAUCAAAGGCAGCCCAAUUACCCUGUCCAUUGGCGAUGGUGCUAAUGAUGUUAGCAUGAUCUUGGAGUCUCAUGUAGGAAUAGGCAUCAAAGGCAAAGAAGGUCGCCAAGCUGCAAGAAACAGUGAUUAUGCCGUCCCCAAGUUUAAACACUUAAGGAAACUGCUGCUAGCCCAUGGGCAUUUGUACUAUGUGAGAAUUGCACACCUGGUGCAGUAUUUCUUCUAUAAGAACCUUUGUUUCAUCCUGCCACAAUUUUUGUACCAGUUCUUCUGUGGAUUCUCCCAACAGCCAUUGUAUGAUGCAGCUUACCUUACAAUGUAUAAUAUCUGCUUCACUUCGUUACCGAUCCUGGCCUACAGCUUGCUGGAACAGCACAUCAGUAUUGAUGUUCUCACCGCUGAUCCCAGAUUGUAUAUGAGAAUUUCCGACAAUGCCAAGCUGAAGUGGGGUCCUUUCUUUUACUGGAUGUUUCUGUCUGCUUUUGAAGGGACUGUAUUUUUCUUCGGCACUUACUUCCUUUAUCAGGCCACAUCCUUGGAAGAAAAUGGAAAGGGUUUUGGGAACUGGACUUUUGGCACUACUGUUUAUACAGUCUUAGUAUUCACUGUAACACUGAAGCUUGCCAUGGAUACUCGGUUCUGGACUUGGAUCAAUCACUUUGUGAUUUGGGGUUCCUUGGUCUUCUAUGUCUUUUUCUCAUUUUUCUGGGGAGGCAUUAUCUGGCCUUUUCUCAGGCAGCAAAGGAUGUAUUUUGUAUUUGCCCACAUGGUAACUUCUGUAUCGACAUGGCUGGCAGUAAUUCUUCUGAUAUUUGUCGGCCUUUUCCCUGAGAUUCUUAUGAUAGUAGUUAAAAAUGUCAGAAGAAGGACUCCCAAGCCUGUCUUGAGCACCAACUUUUCCAGCGAUUUGGGCCUCUCGACUCAAAGCAGUGGCUGGAGUUGUACAAGAAUGUGAAUAGAGUUUGGGGCAUAUGCUGAUAAGUUUAAGAUUCUCUCUGAGGAUCUGCCACAACACUUACCUGAGAUGUUUGGAGUAUCCGGCCAUCCAGUCACAGCUGCAGCCUUCGAGGAUGUCAGUGCCAAUGACCACCUAGUGCCUCUACCGCUGUGUAUUCUCACAGCAAUAAAAAUUCCAGUUAACAGCUUGCUUGUUUGGUGUCCUCUUUGAGGGGUAGCUCUAAGUGGGGUGGGAGUUGGCAUGGGUUCAGAGAGUUACUGUGCGCAUUACAUCCAUCGUCUUCCCCAGGGCCCUCAGAUUCCCUCUCCCCCACUUCACCCCGCUUCAUCCCCACUUGGCAUUGACAGUCUUCAGGGCUUUAGCAGGUCGAUAGCAUCUUUAUAAAGAAGUACAGAGGUAGUUGGGAGGGGGGAGGGAAGAGAGGAGGGAGACAACAAGAAUCAUGUAACCAUGGAAAAAAAAUUUUUAAAAGAAGAAGAAAUUUAAAAAAAGAAAUACAGAGGCAGAGAGGCAGGUUUUCUGGACUAUGAGCAUACUAGUUUUCAUAGAUGUUUUCUCCCAUGGCUAAUGUGUGUGUGUGUGUGUUUGGAGGUGUGAGGGUGGAUUUGGGAGCUGGUGAUAGAGUCCUUCUGAAUGUUGCCCAGAAUUCUUUCCAGGAAUCUGACCUUCCCCUCUCUCAGCACCCCCUCCCCAAGAACAGUGGGUUACUCAUUGCGGCCUCUUUCAGCUCCAAUUUUCCCUUGGCUCCACGCUGCCCAUUCCUCCUUUCUCAUCUCCUUGGGAAAGGGAGGGGGGUUAAAUGUGUCAGUCUUUCCCCAAGUGAAUUGGUGAUGGCAAGUCCUUUGGGUUCAGCAAAACCUAGAAGGAAAGCCUGAGGAAUUUUGGUAGAUCCCCAUCUCACCUAGAAGAGAUAGACUGGAGGGUAGGGGCUACCCACCAAAGACCGCAUGCUUCUGGAACAGGCAUCAG